CACAAGGUAAUCGUUCCCACUCCGUUAUACAUUUGCCUUCUCUCGGAGUUCGCCGCUCCGCUCAUUUCUCUUUCCGCAACAAUCCGAAAGUCAUCGUCGUCGCGAUCGUUUACACUUUGAGUGUCCGCCUGUGUCCACGAAUUUCGUCGAACAUCAAUCAAGAUGUUGCUGAUUCAGCCUACGGAAGAGAUGUCCAAGAAGAUACACGUGGAGCUGAAUGAGAAUCCAGCGACGCGCGAAAAGGAUCUCGAAAUUAUCAAAGAAUGGCUCGCCAAGACGCCGCAUUUGCCUAAAUUUAAUGAUGAUCAAAGAAUAAUGACGUUUUUACGCGGGUGCAAGUUCUCCUUGGAGAAGUGCAAGCGAAAGCUGGACAUGUAUUUCACGAUGCGUGCGAUAGUCCCCGAAUUUUUUUCCAAUCGCGACAUCACGAGGCCGGCGCUGCAAGAAAUAGCGAAUCUCAUACAUAUACCUCCUUUACCGGGCUUGACGAAGAACGGAUGCCGAGUGAUCGUCAUGCGAGGAAAGGACAAGGACAUACCGACACCCAAUAUACCGGAAGCUAUGAAGAUGGUGUUCAUGAUCGGCGACAUUCGCCUAAAAGAGGAGGAGCACGGGGUGGCCGGCGACGUCUACAUCCUCGACGCUUCCGUCGCGACGCCCACGCAUUUCGCCAAGUUUACGCCGGCCUUGGUGAAGAAGUUUCUGGUCUGCGCGAUAGAGGCCUACCCGGUGAAGCUGAAGGAGGUGCACGUGAUAAACAUCAGCCCGCUCGUCGACACGAUUCACAAUUUCGUCAAACCGUUCCUGAAGGAGAAGAUACGCAAUCGCAUCUUCAUGCACAGCGACAUCAAGACGCUGUACGAUUAUGUGCCCCGGGAGAUACUGCCGACCGAGUACGGCGGCGACGCCGGCCCCAUCGAGAAUAUACACAAGAUGUGGAUGAAGAAAUUGGAGGAGUACAAGCCGUGGUUCGCGGAGCAGGAAGCUAUGAAGACUAACGAGGCUUUGCGACCAGGUAAACCAAAGACGCAGGACGACCUGUUCGGCCUCGACGGAUCCUUCCGGCAGCUGACGAUCGAUUAAAUCGUUCAACGGAUGCCCGGAACCAUUUCGACGUAGUCACCGCCAACGGCAGCAGUUAACCAGAUCGUUCGUCCGUGUAAACAUCGUCGAACGAUCAUAAACUCCGUCUACGGUAGAGAAAUUAAGACAUUUUUCUUUCAAACGACCGCAACUGUUAUUGCAAACUUUUGUUCGGAACGAUAUCGAAUUUCUUCGAAAUAACCGGAUCUCUCGUCGUCGAACGUAGUUAUGAAGCAUAAUAGUUUUGAAAAUUUUGCCGGAAAAACGACAGGGAUAAUCCAACAUUAAUAGUAUUUUUCAUUUGUCACCAUUUUUUUUAUAUGAUAUUUUAUUUAUUCUUUAUAAUUGAAAACGCGAUGUAAUUGAAAGAUUAUAAUUAAUUAGAACGUAAUUUCAAAGAAUGUAAGAAACAUAGUUUAUAUUGUAUACAGAUAUUUUUAUUCUUUUUAUCGUCCAUUUUCUCUUUGAAUAAUACCAUUGUAUUUUUAAUGAGAAGUACAUACAUAAGAUAAUCGAAUUUUAAUGCUUUAUUUUGAAAUUUUUAUAUAAUAAAAUGGUAAUUAUUAUAUGUAAUCUAAAUGAAAAAAUAUUAUAAAAGUUGGAUUCUAUUUCCUUGAAUUAUUAUAAUUAAAUUUAUUGCCAAACUUAAUAAAGUUUUAUAAAGGAAUUUCUCAAUAUAAAAAUUGUGAUACCGUAUUUAGUCAAAUAGUAUGUUCAAGUAUAUUGCACUUUUAUAUGCAUGUUACAUUACAUUAAGUUUAUUAUUGUCACAUUAUUAAAAUAUUCUAACACAGUCACAUUAUUAAAAUAUUCAUUAAUGCUCGAAAACCGAGCAGUGCUCAAUUUCACGAAUAAAGGUGCGCUUUACUUAAAGAUCGCAGUGCUCUUGGAAUUAUUUCAUCCUUGUUGUCUCAUCAAAUAUUAAACAAAGACAAAUGACGCCCGCGAGCAUUAAGCAAACCGCACCUUAAAUGUAGCAACAAAAAAAAAAUCGGUACCUAAUAGUCCGCAUCAUUUGUUUGAAUCGCUGUUUGCGCUAACGUGCGAAAAAGUGACUCAUGAAAAAUGUGUAUCUAACAUCUGCGUGAUGUUCUCCAAUACUUCAAAUAUUUUUUUAUUGACAUCCUAUUUCGAGAAGUUGCAAAUAAAAGCUUUCAGAAUGAAACAUAUAAUUAUAUCCAAA